GGUAGCUUGAAGACAUUGUGUCAAUGUUUGACGCAGAUCAACAUUAAAAACGAUCUAAGCACGUUCUUCUCAAGCAAGUUGUGGUGUUCGGGUGACUGAGGCCUUACGAGAACUUGAGACCAGUCUUUUUGGUGCAUUGAACCUGCACAAGGAACACAGGCAUUUGGCCCAAGGCUUGAGUAAGGAGCCGAAGGAAAACCCGCUGAGAGUGUCUCAGAGACUAAGGAACUCGCCGUUGCUUGACUCCAGAACUACACCAUGCUACGUCUUGCACUCGCUCUUCUUUACAAUGUGCCGGCUUCAUCCAUGCGGACGGUGGAGCAGCACAAUUCUUCAGCACCCUCACAAGGAGAACCGUGCCAAUGUGAACUCCUUUCUUGGGAUGAACAGCCGGAGGAUUGUUGCGCCAAAGGCCUGAUGUGUGCCAAGACGCCAGGCCGGGGUGCUCGCUGCCAGCGUAUCCCCAAACAUCUUCUCCAACAAAAGUCACCGCCCGCAAAAGGAGCACCAUGCCAAUGUGCCGAACUUCCUUGGGAUGAACAGCCCAGCGAUUGCUGCGCUGAAGGCUUGGUUUGUGCCAACAUUCCCGGCCGGGGACCCCGUUGUAAGCCAGCCAUCCAAGGACGUUGUCGGCGAAAGUGGCUGGGACGCGAAAGCAUUGAGAAGACCGAGUGUGCCGGCUUCGACACCUAUGGGGUUGGAGUGAUAUGUGGAAAGGAAAAGCGCUGUUGCAUUCCAUCAGUAACAGAAGUGGAGCAAGACUCACUUGCUUUGGCCUUGGGACCACCCAAGGGUGAUCACGUCUAUGCAAAAUACUGCUGCAGCGGCAAACAGGGGAAGUGGCCUUUCCGCGUCUACGACAACUAUUGGAGGGACAUCUACCAUUAUGAAAAUAAGGUGGUCUGCAAAGCUUGAUGCAGCCAAGACGCAGACCGGAAACCGGUAGCCGGUAGUGCUCUUUUUGUCGC